AAAGGAUUCGAAAAGAAAGUUGAAAUUCCUCUUGCUUGGUCACUUUCUCUCUCUACAUUUGGAAUCUCUCUCUCUCUCCACAGCCCACCCUUUUUAGCUCUCCUCAACUCCUCCCGCUUCCGAACCCUAAUUUUACCUGCAGCUUCUUCAGAUCUUCUUCGCUCCAAUCGUUUGUGCGAGCCAUAAGCAAGCGAAGAUGUCAGGCGCUGCGCUCGACAUGACUCUCGACGAUCUAAUCAAGAACAACAAGAAGUCUGGCGCCGCCCGAGGCAGAGGCCGUGCCGCCGGUCCUGGCCCCGCGCGCCGCCCGACCAACCGUUUCGCGAAUCGCGUGACUCCCUAUUCCGCUCCCCAGGCUCCGGAGACGGCUUGGGGCCAUGACAUGUUCCCAGCUGGCGGUCGAUCUUCCAGUAUAGAGACGGGGACGAAGUUGUAUAUUUCCAAUUUAGACUAUGGGGUGUCGAAUGAGGAUAUUAAGGAGUUGUUUUCGGAGGUUGGCGACCUGAAAAGAUACGUCGUACACUACGAUAGGAGUGGGCGAUCGAAGGGUACUGCUGAAGUAGUCUUCUCAAGACGACAAGAUGCUAUGGCUGCUAUCAAGAGGUAUAACAAUGUUCAGCUUGAUGGGAAACCAAUGAAGCUAGAACUUGUUGGAACAAACAUUACAACACCUGGUGCUGGUGCUGGAGGUUUUCCUUCUGCUGGUGCUUUUGUCGAUUCAAAUGUAGCUCCUCGAAGCGGGCAAGGGAGAGGUGGUUUUGGUAGGCCACGAGGUGGAAGGGGUCGUGGAUUUGGCAGAGGUCGUGGGCAGGGAAGUGGACAGGGAAGGGGCCGUGGUGAGAAGGUAUCUGCCGAAGAUCUUGAUGCUGAUCUAGAGAAGUACCAUGCAGAUGCAAUGCAGACAAACUAAUUGAUCUUUUGGCAUAAUUGCUGGAUUUACUUGCACCUGCCUGUUUGAUACCCAAAGUUCAAUGAAGUCUGUAUGUCAACCUACAUUAGCACUUUUAAAGAAGGCAGAGAUCUCUAGUAGGGGCUGUGAGGGAACUUGUUUUAUUUUACUGACUGUAUCUUUUACCUGGAUAAAGAGAUACGUGUGUAAUUCGCUUUUAUAUAUCUCCUCGUAACUUAAAAGGAAAACAGCAUGGACACCUUGCUGUUGUUCUCUA